AUGGCUCCUUCGGGUCUUCGACAGUGCAUGCACGAUGUCAGCCUAUACUUGCUUGUCUUAAUUUCUGUCUCGACUUUGGGCCCCCUGCAGUUCGGCUUCCACCUUGCCGAGCUCAACGCCCCUCAAGAUGUCCUUACCUGUCGAAAGAAGUCAAUUGCGGCCAAGGGAGUGAAGCUCACAUGGGUGCACUCCAAGGCGCCCGACCCCGAGCCCUGGCUCCCCGAGUGUAUUCCCAUGUCCGACGCCGUCUUCGCGACCGUCUCCUCCAUCUUUACUGUCGGUGGCCUGCUAGGCGCUCUUUGUGCCGGCCCCUUGUCUUCGAAGCGCGGCCGACGUCCUGCUAUGCGAGUCACGUCCAUUCUAUACAUCAUCGGUGCCAUCAUCGAGACACUCGCUGGCGGUGCUGCCGCUCUGGCAAUCGGCCGAUUCUUCACAGGUAUGGCGGCUGGCGCGUCAACCGUCAUCGUUCCGCUGUACAUCAGUGAAAUCGCGCCGCCAAAGGAGCGUGGUCUUUUUGGUGCCAUGACUCAGGUCUCCAUCAACGUCGGCAUUCUUGCCGUCCAGACUCUGGGCUUCUUCCUGAGCUACGGCAAGGCUUGGCGCUGGAUCCUGGCUGCUGGCGUCUUCAUUGCGUUGGCGCAGGCUUCCGGCCUCAUGUUGAUUCCUGAGAGCCCAGCGUGGCUGGCUGCCAACGGCGACGUCCCGAAGGCUCGCCGUACUCUGCAGCGGAUCCGUGGCAAGGACUUCGACAUCAGAGAGGAAGUCGAGAGCUGGGAUGGGGAGGUGAACGCUGAGCAAGAGGGUCUCUUGGCCCAGAGCGACGACGUGCCGCCAGUGUCUCCUGGCCUUCCCAAGCACACCUCGCCUGUCCAUCUUGGAUUCUUUGACGUGAUUAAAGAUCCGCUUCACCGACCGGCCAUCGCUGCUAUUAUCGGCAUCAUGUUUGCCCAGCAGCUGUGUGGCAUCAACUCUGUCAUCAUGUACUCGGUAUCCCUCUUGAACGACUUACUCCCCGUCAGCUCCGCCCUGCUGACAAUUCUGAUUUCUGUCAUCAAUCUCAUUACCACUGCGGCAUGCUCUCCGCUGCCGGACAAGCUCGGAAGAAAGACGUGCAUCCUGAUCUCCAUCAUUGGACAGGGAGUCAGCUCGCUGGUUCUUGCGCUUUCUAUUCAAUUCGGGGUCAAGAUCCUGUCGGCAGUGUCAGUCGUGUCGUUUGUGGCAUUUUUCGCCGUUGGCCUGGGGCCAGUUCCUUUCAUCCUCGCAUCCGAAAUGGUUGGACAAGAGGCUGUUGGCGCCGUCCAGUCUUGGUCGCUGGGAUCCAACUACCUCGCAACUUUCCUGGUUGCUCAGUUCUUCCCGAUCGUAAAUAAUGCCUUCAACAAUUGGCUCGGAGGAGCUGGCUGGGUGUACUUCCUCUUCGCCGGCUUCGCUGCACUAUUUGCCCUGUUUGUUUCGGUCAAGGUGCCUGAAACCAAGGGCAAGAAGGACGCAGACGAAGUUUGGGGACGCACUAGACGGCUCGACUAA